AUGGUAGGAGGGGCCCCAACUGCCCGCCCUCCCCGCUCCCAUCGGCCGCACUCCGGACCGGGCACUGGGCAUGGGGCGAACGGAAGGGGGCUUUGCUGGGUAACUGCACCCCGCAGGGGGCCUCACACACUCCUCUAUCGGGUGGCAGGCGUCACUGCCUCAGAGGGCGCGCAUCCAUCUGUCUACACCACGCCAGUCUCGUCCGCUGCACAGUCCGGCACAUCCGGGGCACACAGCCUGGCUGCACACAGGACGCUCCGCACACACUGCCGCCCACACUAAACUUCCUCGCCGCCGUUGGUUUCACCUUUACAGAGUCGCCAUAGCAGCUGCUCUGUCAUUGCCCUCACCGCCCCUCAGGGCAUUUCAUUCUGUUCGGUCCUACACAACCGGUCUGUCCUGUUCCUGUGUCCCAGACAGUCCCAAAGGAGAAGGGCACAAGUGCUGGCAGCCUGGCAUUUUCUACAUAAUGCCCAGACCUGGCUAGAAGCAUUACCCGGAUUUCUCUUCUGCUCCUUUCCUAACUUUCCUUGAUUCUGGUGCUGUUAUGGCCAUGGUGUCUGGGGGCUGGGGAGACCCCAACGGUGACACUAAUGGGAUGGGGAAGGGGUACCCCAGAAACUCAGAGGAGGAUGAGGCCUCGCCGCCGGGGGGUAUGAGUGACCCAGAGCAAGGUGAUGAGGAGCGCCCUGGCAUCCAGGUGGACUGUGUGGUGUGUGGUGACAAAUCUAGCGGCAAGCACUAUGGCGUCUUCACCUGCGAGGGGUGCAAGAGCUUCUUCAAAAGGAGUAUCCGCCGAAAUCUUAGUUACACCUGCAGGUCAAAUCGUGACUGUCAAAUAGACCAACAUCACCGUAACCAGUGCCAGUACUGCCGACUUAAGAAAUGCUUCCGUGUGGGCAUGAGGAAAGAAGCUGUCCAGCGUGGACGGAUUCCUCCUUCUCACUCCAGUGCAAGCCCCACUACAGCACCUGGGGGAGCUGAAUAUUUUAAUGGACAGCCAGUUUCUGAACUUAUCUCUCAGCUUCUUCGAGCAGAGCCUUACCCAGCAUCACGUUAUGGUUCACAGUAUGCUCAGCAGGGCAGUGUUAUGGGCAUUGACAACAUCUGCGAGCUGGCUGCCAGACUACUUUUUAGCACAGUGGAGUGGUCCCGGAACAUCCCCUACUUUCCAGAGCUUACCAUGGCAGAUCAAGUUUCCCUGCUGAGAUUAAGUUGGAGCGAACUGUUUGUCCUAAAUGCAGCACAGUCAGCCCUUCCACUACACAUGGCUCCACUGCUGGCUGCUGCUGGUUUCCAUGCUUCUCCAAUGUCUGCUGAAAGGGUGGUCUCCUUUAUGGACCAGAUACGUGUUUUUCAGGACCAGGUAGAAAAGCUAAAUCGUCUCCAAGUGGAUUCUGCGGAGUAUGCCUGUCUGAAAGCCAUUGCUCUCUUCACUUCUGAUGCCUGUGGUCUUACAGAUCCAGCCCAUGUGGAGAGUUUACAGGAAAAAGCCCAAGUUGCUCUCACAGAGUAUGUCCGUGCUCAGUACCCUUCUCAACCUCAACGAUUUGGAAGGCUUCUUCUGCGCUUGCCUGCCCUCAGAGCUGUACCUGCCUCCCUCAUUUCCCAGCUGUUUUUUAUGAGGCUUGUUGGCAAAACUCCAAUAGAGACACUUAUUCGAGACAUGCUUCUUUCUGGAAGCAGUUUUAAUUGGCCCUACUCAACUGGUCAAUAACAGCAGCUAGCACUUGGGUGCUUCUAAAGUUGCUUGAAUCUUCUACACUACAUGGAGACAGCUUAAUACACUUUUCUCCUUGUGAGUUUCUUCUGCAUCUUGCCAAGGCACUUCCAGAAAUGGCUUCCCCUGUGAGAUAUAUAUAUAUAUCACACACACACACAUACUGUUGGUACCCUGUCUGUGGAACUAAGCCAUUAUGUUUAGCCUGGUUGUUUUUGAUAAAAGCACUAAAUAGGCCUCUAGCAGUAGCAAGAGGCACUCUACAACACACUCUCAAUAAACCAUUUCCAUGAAAACCCUAGGCGUUUUAUUGAUUUUGAGUGUAUAGCUCACUCUGCAUCCUCUCUACCUCCUGAAUGUCUACAUUUUAUUGUCCAAGAAGAAGACUGCACCAAGGAUUAAAAAAAGAAAAACUGCCAUUAUAAACAUUUAUCAAAGGCAGCUCUUUGGAAUCCAUUAUUAUUAUUAUAUUAACAGACUAGACAAGGUCCCUGUCUUUUAGGAGCAGGGAAAUGCUAACAUAAUAUGGUUGAAGACCUGGUAACGUUUCUCUUGGUUGUAUUACUUUGUUGUAAUAACGUUAUAACUUUUUAAUUUCCUUUCUUAUUAUUCUUCACUUCCUUAUAAUAUGUCAUAGUUUUUGACUAAUCAAUCAACAGGCCAAACACAAACUCUGGUUGUAUUCAUCUUUUCCAUCGAAUGCGUUGCAUUUUUAAGUGCAUUGAAAGAUUUAUACAGUUGAGUUAUUUUUAUUUUUUUCCCUUUAUGCUAAAAGGUUCUUAAUCGGUCUGUUCUUUGUAUGAUUUAUUUGAUUUCUGGUGCUUGACAGAAUAAGAGUAUAGUCCAGGCAAACAUAGGAAGUACAAUUUCUAUAAUAAUAAUUUUUACAUGUUAUUUUGUGUUUAGCAAAAAUGGAGAGGGAAGAUAGGGUUGUAUAUACAGUUUUACUUCUCUCAGCAUAGUGGUAUAUCCAUUUGUGUUUCCCUCUAUAGUAAGUUGUGCAUAGCAUUAUUAUAUGUCAUAACUGAUCAUGGUGGUACAACCUCAGGGCCUCCAUCAGUUGCUGCCAAAAUGGGCCACUAUGCUAAUAAGGGUUCUUGCACACGACUGUAUGCCCUCCGAGACAUACGAUCCGUGAGCGGGCCAUAUGUUCCGGAUCGGCAUUGAUCGUGUGCAGGGGAGCGCACACCAUUAUAGGUUACUGUGAUACUAGCCACGUCGGGCAGCCCACGGGACUAUUGUCCUGCACACAUAUGAUCUUAUGAGUGCAGGAGAAUAGCACCGCGGGUGGCCUGACGUGCACAGGAUCAUUUGUAAUCUAUGAUGCUGUGUGCUCCUGUGUGCACGAUCAAUGCCGCUCGGGAACAUAUGGCCCGCUCACAGACCGCAUGUCUCGGAGGGCAUACGGUCAUGUGCAAGGGCCCUUAAGCACAGUACCACUAUAAACCCAGUGCUGUGUAGCAUUCACAAUUCAUUGCCAUUCACUUGGAUCCUGGAAUUAGGCUGUGUUGCAAUUUUAAGCACAGCAAGGGUUGGAAAGAAAGCUAUUCAGAGAGGAAGCCGUAUGGGUCAUGUUCUCUUCAUUUUUGGUUUCCAUGGAUGUGCAGCAGGUGGAGCAUUCACUCUACUAUAUGCCAUAACUUAUUCAUGUGUCAUAACUUACUAAAGUGGGAAAACCUAUUUAAAAUGGGUUGUAUGGGAUUGAAAUAUUGAUUAUGACUUGUCCCCAGCAUAGCAUAUUAGUGUCAGAUCGGUGGGGGUCAGACUCCUAAGGAUAGGUCAUCAAUAUUUCGGUUCUGGACAUCCCCUUUAAAGCGAACCUUUCACCUGCAUUUCACUUA